GUCGGUCCCGAGCACUGUUUCGCAAGUCAGUUCACACGAGGCGAGCGAUGGAGGCGUCCAAGGUAUUUAUCCCAGACAAGGAGCACGUCUGGCUGCCGGCCAUUGUCACGAGCACAGUCGGCUCGCUCGUGACCGUCAAGGUUGAAGAGCACGACGUGCGCGGGCAGAAGCUGCCGCAAGGCAUGAGCCUCGGCGCCAACGUCGGCCGCACCAUGACGAUCGACCUCUCCAAACCCGAGAUUGCCGAGGUCAUCCAGGCGCGGACCGUCAAGUCGUCGAGUAGCAACGCAGCGAUUAGCUUGCCGCUGCAGAACAAGGUGCAGACUGCGACCAACGGCUUUGAGGACAUGAUCUCGGUCGACCACUUGCACGAGGGCGCGAUCUUGUACAACCUGCGCCAGCGCUUCUUUGGCCUUCUCCCAUACACGUACACGGGCAAGAUCUGCAUUGCGGUCAACCCGUACCAGUGGCUCACGCUGUACAGCCCCGAGACAAUGCAAAAGUACAUGGACGGGUCCCGCGAGAGCAAGUCGCCGCACGUGUACGCCGUCUCGAUGGAGGCCUUCUUCCACAUGCGGUCGCACAGUCUCAACCAGAGCAUCUUGGUCUCGGGCGAGUCGGGUGCUGGUAAAACCGAGACGACCAAGAUCAUGAUGAACCAUGUUGCGACGCUCUCGUCGCAUCUCUGCGCGUCGGAAGCGCAGACGUCGAUCAUCCACCGCAUCAUCCAGUCCAACCCGCUCCUCGAGUCGUUUGGCAACGCCGCCACCACGCGCAACGACAACUCGUCGCGCUUUGGCAAGUUCACCGAGCUCCAAUUCGACGUCAAGGGCCACCUCAUGGGCGCGCGGGCGCACACGUACCUCCUCGAGAAGUCGCGCGUGACGCACCAGGCGCCCGGCGAGCGCACGUUUCACAUUUUUUACCAAGUGCUCGACGCUGCGAGCUCGCAUCUCGCGCAUCUCGAGCUGUCGCAAAAGAGCUUCCGGUACGUCCGCCAGGACAAGGUCCUCGCGCUCGAGCACUCGUUUCUUGAGACGCAGUCGGGCCUCAGCAUCGUGGGCAUCUCAGAACCCAUGCAGGCCAACCUCUGGCUUGUCCUCGGUGCGAUUCUGCAUCUCGGCGAAGUCGACUUUGACAUGGUCGCUGGCGACGUCGACUCGUCUUGCGUGCAGCACAAGGCGUCGCUCACGACCGUGGCCAAGCUCCUCGGCAUCCCGCUGGCCGACCUCGAGCAAGUGCUCACGCACCGCACGGUCGCGGUCGGGCGCGAGGUGAUUGCCAAGCCCAUGACGUGCGACCAAGCGCGCGACUGCCGCGAUGCGGUCGCCAAAUCGCUCUACUCGACCAUGUUUACAUGGCUCGUCGACCAGAUCAAUGCAGCGAUCGGCGUGCACUCGAUGGCGUACUUCAUCGGGAUCCUCGACAUCUUCGGCUUUGAGGCCUUUGACCACAACUCGUUCGAGCAGCUCUGCAUCAACUACGCCAACGAGAAGCUGCAGCAAAAGUUCGUCCAAGACGUGCUCAAGACGGUCCAGGCCGAGUACGAAGAAGAAGGGAUUUCGUGGUCCCACGUGACGUUCGCUGACAACCAGGACGUGCUCGACUUGAUCGAAGGCCGCCUCGGCGUCCUUAGCCUUCUCAACGAAGAGAGCUCGCUCGCCACCGGCACGGACGCGUCGUUUGCGCACAAGCUCUCGGCUGUCAUGGACAACCACGCGCGGUUUGAGACACCGCGCCUCCAGUCGAGUGCGUUCAUCAUCCUCCACUACGCCGGCAAGGUGCUCUAUGACACGAACGGCUUCCUCGACAAGCACCGCGACGCGCUUCUGCCCGACAUCAAGCGCGUCCUCUCGGAGAGCUCGCUGCCGCUUGUCCGCACCAUGUUCCCCGCGACUGCAUCGACGCCCGAUGCGUCCAAGAAAAAGCACAAGCCCGCGCCGCGCCAGACGACGCGCGCGGUCACGGUCGGCACGCAGUUCAAGGAGUCGCUCGCACAGCUCAUGGAGAAGAUCUCGCACACCAAUGUCCACUACGUGCGCUGCAUCAAGCCCAACGCCUUGAAAACGCCACAUGCGUUUGACCAUGCAUCGGUCGUCGACCAGCUGCGGUGCGCCGGCGUCAUUGAAGCCAUUCGCGUGAGCCGGUCGGCGUACCCGUCCCGCAUCUCGCACCUCGACUGCCUCAAGAGCUACGCGCUCUUGGCGCCGAGUGUGACGAGCUUUGCGUCGGACGUGGUGACGCGCUCGAGCGAGCACGCGCGGAGUGACUGCAGCGCGCUCCUCGCUGCGCUCUUCCCCAAGGGCCACAUCAUCGACUACCAAGUCGGUGUCUCGCGCGUCUACUUUCGUGAAGGCAUCCUCGAGGCCCUCGAGGCGCAGCGCGGCGUCGCGCUCACGUCGUUUGCGAUCCGCAUCCAGAAGCACAUGAAGCGGUAUCUGUGCCGGAAGCGAUUCCUCUCGAUCCAGAAGGCGACGAUCAAGGUCCAGUCGUACCUGCGUCGGUGGCACUGCCAGCUCCAGUACCACCGGCUCCGAAACCGCGUCAUUGCCUUCCAGGCGCGGUACCGCGGCCACGUGGCCCGCCGUCGCGUGCUCGCGAUGCGCACCAAGCGCGCGCUCACCAAGCUCCAGGCCGUAGUCCGCGGCUUCGUCGCGCGGUCGCGCUUCCUUCGCAUCAAGGCGGCCGUGAGUAAAGUCCAAUCGUUCUGGCGCAUCACGUACCUUCGCCGUAUCUUCCUCAAGCGCCUCAUGCAAGAGAAGGAGCGGCGGGCGCUCGGGUCCAAAGUGCUGAGCCUCCAGUCGCAGCUGGGCACGAGCAAGAAAGACCUGAGCAACAAGCCCCAUGGCGAGCUGCCGUCACCCAACCGGCCGCACACGGCGCUCUUCAACGAGUCGUCGCAGGUCCUCGGGACGCUCGCAGCUGAGAACAAGGCGCUGCGCGAGCAGCUCGCGCGCCAAGAAGACGAGAUCAACGGACUCAAAGAAGAGAACCGCAAGAUGCGCGACGCGCUCCAAGCCAAGGAGCUCGAAGAUAAAGUCAAGAACCUCAGCCUCAAGUCCCAGGAAGCGACGCAGAUGGCGUACCUCGCGCACCUCGAAGAAGAGUACGAGAAGGUCCGCGCAUUCCUCUGCAACGUGUUUGAGCUCCCGAGCGAAGUCGGCGUCCUCAAGACGACGCCGCCCUCAAAAGAGGAGCUGCUCAACGCGCUCCCGCCGCCGUCCUCGACCAAGCCGUCCAAAGACUUUAGUGUGGCGAAGAACGAAGCGUUCACGCUGCUGCAGCGGUCGGCCACGCGUCUCUAUCGCACGCGCUCGAAAGAGAGCAAGCGCGGCAGCUCCCGCCGCGUCAAGGAUUUCUGGGACGAGAUCAAGACCAACUCGCCGCCGCUGCCGUACACGCUGGGUUCGACGCCGUGGAAGCGCCUCCUCACGGACUGGGCUCAAGGCAACCCGAAGAAGCUCGACUACAUGACCCGCUGGCUCCAAAACGUCCUCGAGGGCGGCGACGUCGAGAGCGGGCAGUUCCCCCUCGGCGUCGAGCUCAAGUCGGUGACGCCCAUGAUGCUCGAGGGCUUCAUCCAGCUCGUGAUUCCCAAGCUCGCCGAGCGACCGGACGUCAAGGUGCACGUGCACACCAAGGAGUUUAUCGGCACAAGCAUGCGCAUCACGCUCGAGGUCAAGGAAGGCGUGCCGAAAAUGCGCCCGGUCAAACUGCCCGACGGCGCGCUGCCGCCGACAAAUGGCAAGCCGCGGGACACGACGACCGGCGGCCUUGACCAGUGGGGGCGGCACUCGAUCAUGUCGGUGCGGGACCGGCUCAGCCUCGCGAGCAACUCGACGAGCGAGUCGUUGCGGUCGACGCAGUCGAGCUCCUUGUCGUUCACUGAAACGCGCAUGUAGUAGUUAGUCGGUCCCUCUCAAUACACGCUUUUGUGCUCUGUUUACAUACAA